AUGCGACCGGGAUCAGAUAUGAUCAUGACCAAAUAUGUAGAUAUUCUUCAAGUGUUAUUAUUAUUUUCACUAGGAUCGUUUGCAAUUCAAGAUGGUAGGGUUCAAUCUUUGACAGAACAAUGCAAUAAUUUAAAAUGUGAUAGUGCUACGGAAUAUUGUACGGUAAAACCCAACUGUCAUGAAGAUAAAUCGGCCUGUAUUUAUUGUAAAAAACGAAUUAGUGUUACUGAACAGUACCCAUUUCGUAAACCGACAGGUGACUUGAGUUCAUCAACCAAACAAGAAGAACCAUUAACAAUUGUAAAUAGUCUAUUAGCUAAAAGCAAUACAAAACUUCACAAUGAUAAUCAAAAUUCAAUUUUAUCACCGGACAUAUUAUCACCUACGACAAAAACAACAACGAAAGGAUUACAAGAAUAUGAAGAUGAAUAUUCGGCAUAUAAUGAUAAAGAAGAUUAUGAGAUUGGAGAAGAAUAUGAUUAUAUUGAUGCCUAUGACGAUGAAGAAAUAGAUUUAGAUAAAAAUUUACCAGUGAAAAAGACAGGUGUAUGUCCAAAUGUUGAUAAAGCAAUGAAAAUAAAUGAUAUACACAGUUGUAAUUCAUCUACUGAAUGUCGUUUUGAUACGGAUUGUCCAACGAAUUUGAAAUGUUGUGAAAAUAAUUGUGGUACAAAAAGUUGUUUCGUACCAACAACAACUAAAACUGGUCCAAUUUGUUCUCAAUUGCUUAGUUGUUCGCUGAUUUGCCAACUUGGCUAUCAAACAGAUCAAAACGAAUGUUUAAUCUGUGAAUGUCGAUCUAUAUGUGAAUGUUCAGAUCAAUGUUCUAAUUUUGUGUGCAAUUUGGAUUGUCCAAAUGGUGGUUUUGAACAAUCAGACAUCGGUUGUCCGCUAUGUCGAUGUAGUCAAAAAGAUUAUACACGUUGCAACCAAGAUGUUCAUUGUUCACCAGGUUUUCAAUGUGUAAAUGAAAGAAGUCCACAAUGUAUUGCUGUUAACGGUUCUGAAUGUCCAAUUAUACAAAUUUGUAAAGCAAAAUGUGCCAAGGUUGUGAUAGAUCUUUUGGCAAAGUUCUCAAACGAUAAUCUAUUACCAGUCAUUGCAGAUAAAACAAAAGCAUUAUUAGUUCAUGAGGCAGUUGCGCCGACUUAUCCAGAAUUAGAAAUAUUAAGGGAAAAUGUAUCGUGUAUACUAAACUCAUAUAAUAAGGAAUAG